CCAAUCAAACAGGAAGAGAAUUGUUAACGGUUGUGGCCGUAGUUUGUGGCUAUAAAGGGUCUUCCUCACAACUUCUUUUUUACAAAUCUUCACUUUUACAGGCAAGAAAACCAUCGUCAUGGCUUCCACGGUGCCCAUUAAGAUUGGAAUAAUUGGUGGUUCAGGCCUUGAUGAUCCAGAUAUCUUGGAGGGAAGGACUGAGCGUUAUGUUGACACACCGUAUGGAAAGCCUUCCGAUGCUCUGAUACUUGGGAAAAUAAAAAACGUGGACUGUGUGCUCCUUGCAAGGCAUGGGAGACAACACACCAUUAUGCCAUCCAAUGUGAACUACCAGGCCAACAUCUGGGCACUGAGAGAAGAGGGCUGCACACAUCUGUUGGUUACCACGGCCUGUGGUUCACUCCGGGAGGAGAUUCAGCCAGGAGACAUUGUCAUCAUAGAUCAGUUCAUUGACAGGACUACCAAGAGAGCUCAGACGCUGUACGAUGGGCAGCCAACCAGUCCUCCAGGAGUGAGUCACAUCCCCAUGGCUGAGCCUUUCUGCAACAGAACCAGAGAGGUUCUGGUGGAGGUGGCGCGGAGCCUGGGGGUCAAGUGCCAUGUGCGAGGCACCAUGCUGAGUAUCGAGGGCCCCCGCUUUUCCUCGCGGGCCGAGAGCCUGAUGUUCCGCCAGUGGGGUGCUGACGUCAUCAAUAUGACCACUGUGCCAGAGGUGGUCCUUGCCAAGGAGGCCGGCCUGUGCUAUGCCAGCAUCGCCAUGGCAACAGACUACGACUGUUGGAAGGAGCACGAGGAGGCGGUCUGUGUUGACAACGUAAUGAAGACGAUGAAGGAGAACGCCAACAAAGCCAGCAGUAUCCUGCUGACUGCAAUACCUCAGAUUAGUCAGAUGGACUGGGCUCAGACAAUGAAGACCUUGAAAGCAAUGGCCCAAUCUUCAGUAAUGUUACCAAAACACUAAGCGUGCAGAAAACGAAGUAGAAAAGGAUACCAGACACCACCUGUAUCGCCACCGACCACAGACUCAACUCUGCCUGUGGAUUUGUCAUCAGUGAAUCACAAGAAAGUGCCUCACAUAGAGUAUAUAAUGCACGUAUUCUGUCUUCGUUGGAAAAGGAAAUCGGUUACUGUUAUUCUCUGGAACACCCAUGAGUAUCUUCACUCCAGCAGCAGUUUUUCUGUCAGUCCCACCCUAUGUUUAGUUACAAAACAUCUCAAAAGAGCAACAAAGAUGUUAGGUCUUCUAAGGAUUAUACUAGAUAUUUUUUUGUGCAUUUAUAUUUUGUGUGGUCUGUCAACAUUUAAAAUGUAUAUAUUUGCCUGUAAACUUUUUGGUGUUUUUAUUGCUGUUAAUGCAAUUAAAAUGCUUGGCAAGUUUAGCACAUACAUACUUUGUUACUGCCUUAGUUACAAGUAAUAUAAACAUUUUUUAAAGUAGAAUCUGAUGUAUUGAACGUAUCACAUGUAUUGAAGUAAAAUCUUUUAAAUGCCUGGAUACUACAAAAAAAUGUCUGGUUAUUAAUACUGGGAAUGUUUGUAUCUUUUGCUUUUCACAUGCACAUUUUAUUUUUUGUGAAAUAUUUUUAUUUGCUCUUCAUGUUUUACAUAUUUCAUGAAUAAUCAAACCCCAACUGCAUUCAAUUAAUAUGGGAUAGGAGCUGCACUGUACAUGCAAAUUGUUUUCCAGUUAUUAAAACAGCUAAUUGACCGUAUUUGGAGUACUUUUGAGAAUCUGACUGCAUUUAUUGACACUGACAGAGAUGACACGACAUUUUGUUGAAGUGCUGGGCCUUCUGUUAGCGCUCAUGUUUUCCAUUUCCCUUUUCUUAUCUGCAUUUGCUGCACCUGAACGUCCUCACGCUGCACAGUAUCUAAAAAAAGAAAUACUUGGUACCUUGUA